AGUAUAAUUCGCACUUCGUAAUCGUCGGUAAUUCUAGCGUUAAAACACGUACGAUAUAAUUCACCAUUGUAGCAACUGUUUUUCGUGACAUUGGAAGAAGAAUACCACACUAUGUCAGUCCAUAUCAGUAUCGACUACCGUCGAGAGAAUCGCGCGGAAAUUCCCACACGACACGAACGAUACGUAGAAGGGCGGUACCAGACACGAACUCGUGGCACUGGGUGUUCAUUCCUUACACCACUU